UCGAACUAAUCGGAGGCACUCUAUUUUAUUUUGUAAACAACACACGUUCAAUUUGGCAAGUAGCUCUCCUUAAAGGAGGAAAUAAUAUUUCUAUAUAUGUAUCGUUAGUUCCUCUUACCAAAGUAACACCUUUUUCAAGGGAUCGUAUCCUAAUGAAUAUUUAUAUAUAACAUGUAAAAGUAGUACAAGUCUCAACUAUUUAAAAGAUAUACAAACGUGUGCUAACAACGUUUUCGGUCAUAUGUGACAUAUUAUACUUGCAAACUAUUAAAAGUUAGGGUUAAAAUGGAUAUAUUCAUGAAUUCAUCUAUGGAUAUUCACGUUACUCGUAACAUUACUCCACCAAUAAUAAAAGGAACUGGUGAAUUACAUUACAGACGAUACGAAUUCGUAACACUGAGACCGGAAAUAGCAAUUCCAACGUUAGUAGUUUUGUUUCUUGCUACGGUGAUUGGAACUGGAGGAAAUAUUAUCACGUUGUUGGUUUUUGCUAGAAGAAGAAUCAUGAGAAAUAUAGAGAGUAUAUUCUUGAUAAAUUUGGUGUUAUCGGACCUAUAUGUGACCUCAGUGGCUGAUCCUAUGAGCAUAAUUGCAAAAAUUGAAGGAGAAGACUUUUUCGCUGAAGUACCGGGAUUAUGCCAAAUAGUCGCCAGCUUGUGUACCGUUUCCUGUGUGACGUCAUUGAUGACGAUAGGCCUAAUGAGCGUCAACCGUUUCUUUUACAUUUGUAUGCACGAGAAAUAUGAACGUUUAUUUACUAAACGUAAAUGUAUUUGUAUAUGUAUUUCUCUAUAUAUCGUCGGAGGAUUUCUUGUACUGCUCAACGCAGCUAAUGUUGGUGACCAUGGCUUUGACAGCAAAAGUCUGGAAUGUAUUUGGGACCGAAUGGCAACAUAUCCGUAUACAGUAGUUUUCUCAAUAACUUUGGUUUGGAUACCUUCAAUUAUCAUAAGCAUUUGUUACUUGAAAAUAUAUCUGUAUGUAAGAGCCCAUAAAAAACGGAUGCGUGAAAAAUAUGUGUCUUCAAAGUUAAGGAGCUUUCACUUAGCAAAAACGAUAUUUUUCAUUUAUAUUGUGUUUGUAACAUGCUGGGCACCAUAUGCUCUACUUUUAGUGGUGGAUUCAAACAAUACGUUUCCGCACGAAAUUCACGUGUUCAUAACAAUGUUUGCUCACUUACAUCCUUCUAUUAAUUGGUUUAUCUAUUACAAGACAAAUAAAAAACUCGCUGCUGCUUACAGAAACCUGUUCCAGCGAUGUAAAAUAGUUAGUUCCGAUACGGACAGUAGCACAGACGGAUUGUCAUCCAGCAAGUCUAAAACCUCAAAGCAAACUCCGAUUGAACAUAGUACAGAUACAUUGUUAUAGAGUUUGCUUCAAAUAUGUCAAAUAUUAAGGUGACGUAUAGUAUUUAAGGCCGAAAUCGUUUUGAAGUCAUAGGAACUAUAAGGUUUGUUUUGUAUUUAUAUUUUGGGAUUUCUAAAUACAUGUCUUAAAAUGUUUAGGUUUUAUAUUUCCUAAAAUACAAAACAUUCAAAUCUAUUUUAGCAAAAUGAGAUUUCAUAAAACAUUAUACAUCACCUGUGAUAUUAUAUUCCACUUCAAUUCAUAAUAUAGGAGUAUAUUAUCAUGUAUUGGAUUAGUCAGGGAGAAGUUCGUGCAUAUAGAUCGAAUAUAUUGUAUUAAUGAAUGACAUACAAAAAUAAUGAGUGUUUGUCAAAUUUUAGACGUAUUUCUACAUGUAUAUGCUAAAAUGAUUGCAAAUAAAUUGCUACCCAUUUUCAUAGCAUUGUUAUUAAAUCUUAGAGGUGUCGUAUAACGCUUUAUGAGAUGUUAUUCGCUAAAAUUAACUAAGGUUUUUCUAAAUUAUGUUCUAAAAAUAAUAUACAGAUGUGAGGAAAGUAGAACAUUUAAUAACCGCUACAACUGAUUCUACCUUUGUGACCAGUGCAGAUCAUGAUCAGCCUGCACAUCCGUAUCUUUUUGGCAAGUAUUCCUCCCUUUUAACAGUUAACACUUACCCUGCUAAAUUUCUAAAAUGGACUUGUCCAUCCUUGAAUUUGGGCAGUACCAUUUAUUAUUCAAAGGGAUGUUCACUGAAAAUUGAUGGACUGAAUAGCAAACAGCGCGGACAAUGAUCAGCCUGCAUGGAUGUGCAAGCUGAUCUUGGUCUACACUGGUCGCAAAGGCAGAUCACUUGGCAACAGCAGAUUGAAGGUUAAUUGUAUUCUCCAAAUUGAAAGAUGGACAAGUUUAUUAUAGAAAUGUAGCAGGGUAAGGGUUAAAGUUUCUAAACAGUUAAAUCACUGCAGAGGCUACAAAAAAGAUGUAGGUCAGUCAAGAGAACACAAUGUCUUACACAUCAGCAAAUUCUAACAUGGUUUACAGUUGAAGGUAGCCAUCUGAAAAUGUUCAUGCAUUUUGACUACGACCAUAAACAGUCUCAAUCAUUUUUUUUCUUGUUGGUCGUGGUCGCAGAAUUCUGUAGAAAUGGUUUAUGACAUUUCAUAUGGUUAAAUUUAUAUAGCUAACUUCCACUGCAUAAAUGAAUUUAUUUGAAGUCUGUGAAAUGGUUAUCUAAUGCACAGUAUUUUUGUCGGUGGGGAAGGGGGUACGGGGAGCCACCCGCAGCUGUUAACAUUGUUCCAAAAUUGACGAUGACAUUCUGUUCCAUUUGUUGACAUGUGUUUGUAGUCACAGAGAUAAUGAGCAUGGUUAUUUUAUCUGUUUAGACUUUAAACAGCGUUUCUAAAAAUGUUUUAGUUUAUCAUUCCUCCUUUUUGCAUUCAUGACAAGUUCGUCUAAAACAUAUGCAUUAAAAUUGUGAACUGCAAUAUACACGUCAAUUAAAUUAGUUUACUUCCACUUAUAUAUUAUGCAAUAUUGUCAAAUAAUACAUGCUUACAACAAUACUGAUGCAACAAUUACUCAAAGGAAAUAGCCGUAUUUUGAAGACACAUUAAACAAUCCAUUAUGUACAUAAUGGAUUAAUUUAAUGAUGAUAUAUCAUAUGUUUGAUGGUCGUUUCUACAGACGUACUUUCCUGUUUGUUUAGAGCUUUCAUUUUUAUUUUGAAAUGAAACGUGUGAAAAAUAGUGUAGUCAUUAGAAAUGUUUGAUAUAUUUGUCUUGUAAAUAGAACAAAAUUGUUUUUAAAUUAGAAUUUAUUAGGUGUGUAUUUAAUAAAAUAAACUGAUAUAUGAAAU